AUGAUAUGUAAAGCAAAAUCAACAGAGCCAAGGAAGAAAGGGUUUGAAGUUUAUUUAUUUUUCUUUCAGUCAGCUGAGUUGAGACCGACCACUCCAGUCAAACCCUCAUCAACCAAACCACCCUCCUCAACCAAACCCUCAUUCCUAACUUUUCAUACAUUUACACACCCCACCCACACCACUGUAGCUAAACAUCAAACGAACACAAGUACACACACUACCUCAAAAAGCACACAUUCAUUUACACAAACACGUACCAGUACAAAACAACACAAAGUAACACCAUUGAAACACUUUACACAUGUAGCACCUACACACCACUCGUCUACCUACAAGUCUUCAACUGCAAAACAACACAAAGUAACACCAUUGAAACACUUUACACAUGUAGCACCUGCACACGACCGGUCUACCUACAAGUCUUCAACUGCAUCUGUAUCUACAGAAAAUGACAUGUUAAGAGUCACAGUUAUUGGAAUUGCCACUUCAGCUGGAGGAUUUGUUGUAAUACUUGUGAUACUGCUUGUUGCACAAUGGUGUAAGAUUAUCAAACUUAGACGUAUCCAAUAUGGAAACUUUACUUUUGACACGUCAAACCUGUUGAAUUCAACCAGCCUAUCUUCUGAUCGACGUGUCUUAACUUCAGACACAAGUGCAAAUUUAACAAGCUCAACUUGUGUAAAUUUACCCUCAACAAGUUCAACUAGUGUAGAUCCAUCCUCGACGUGUGCUAAAACAUUGGACCUAAAUGAAGUAUCAGUUGUAUCAGAUAUUUUACAGACAGAAGAUCUUGAAAAUACUGGUGACACAGUUGUAUUAGAAAUUUCACAAACAGAAGAUCUACAAAACACUAAUGAGUCAGUUGAAUUUGAAAUUUCACAAACAGGAAACCUUGAAAACACUGAUGGGCCUAUAUCAUCAAGAUUAAGAUCCAAAACAAUGUAAUCAAAAGCAUUCCUACAUAACAGUUUAAACAUUUCAUUUGACAUGAGUUAAAGUCUUUACUAGUAUUAUUAUAUAAUUUUCAACAUGCUUUGUUGUCACAAUUCAUUUCAUAUAAAUUUGAUGUCCUUUGCUGGCACUGGAACAUCUGAUAUGACUUUUUGAUAUGCUGACUUUAUUACAUUUUUCUCUAGUAUAGCAAGAUUUCAAAUGUAGGACUGUUUGCAGGUAAUAGGUCAUUAUUGGAUACAUCAGUUAUCUGAAAGGUAAAACAGAAAACACAUUACAUAACUAUUAUUGAGCAAAAAAAGUUACUUCAAGAUCCAUUAUAUGAUGGUAUUGUAUUGUGUAAAGUUGUGCAAGAUUAUACUGUUUUGACUAUAUUUUUUCCAAACACUCUGUGAUAUAUGUAUAUAUUUGCAAAUUUUCUACAUUUUUUUUCACUGUAUUCCUAUAACAUACCACAGUUACCUUUGAAGUUUUUUAUAACAUGUUACAGUUACCUCAGUUUUUAUUAUAUAUCCAUAUUGUAUCAUGUAAAUGUUAUUAUAACAUGUAACAGUCAACUCGAGUUAUUAUAACACGUUACAGUUACCUCAAGUUAUUAUAAAUAUGUUACAGUUACCUCAAGUUACUUUAAACAUGUUACAGUUACCUCAAGUUACUAUAAACAUGUUACAGUUACCUCAAGUUACUAUAAACAUGUUACAGUUACAUUAAGUUACUAUAAACAUGUUACAGUUACCUCAAGUUACUAUAAACAUGUCACAGUUACCUAAAGUUACUAUAAACAUGUUAUUAAAACAUGUUACAGUUACCUCAAGUUACUAUAAACAUGUUACAGUUACCUCAAGUUACUAUAAACAUGUUAUUAAAAACAUGUUACAGUUACCUCAAGUUACUAUAAGCAUGUUACAGUUACCUCAAGUUAUUAUAAACAUGUUACAGUUACCUCAAGUUUCAUUAUAUAACCUUGUUGUAUUAUGUAAAGUUGUACAAGAUUAUGCUUUUUAAUCAUUUUAUACUGUUUUAAUCGUGUUUUUUUUGUUUUCAAAAAACAUUUUGUCAACAUUUUGCUUUUCAUUGUACCAUCAUAACAUGUUUAAGUUUCAGUAAAAGUGAUUACUGUUUUUCCUAUAUCAUAAUGGUUUUUGUACAUAUCAAGUGAUUACUGUGACAGAUGUAAAUAUUUUGUCUUUAUCAUUCCAUAAUUAAAAAUGUUUAUUGCCUUUAACAUGAUCAUUUAUCUGUCAUGUACAUGUUUUCUAACUGGAGUUUCAGUGGGUUAAGUUUUCUAUAAAAACGAUUAUCUGAAAAUAAAAUUAUGAAGGGAAUGCAGCGUAUUUAUAAGUAUGUUAUAUAAAGUUUUCACUUUAAUACCAAUAGCUUUGGAUACUUCAAUAAAUCAAAUACUUCAGUUUUAUGAAAUACAUAGUAAAAAUGUAUAAAAAAGUAUGGUACUUACUUCCAUUCUGCAUAAGAGUUCCUCCAUCUACUCUAUUUAUCAUGACGUCACUUUGACUCCCUGCCUUUUCAGCAAGUUCUUUUAAUUGUUGCAAAUCAUUUUCCGCAGUUGAAAAUAUGUUUCUUGUAUUUGUUUUUGCUGAGUCAUCUUCAUGUUGCAUUUCUGAAUUAGAAAAUACUUCUUUUAACGUACAUACAGCAAUACUUCGUUUUGCGUUUAAAAAGUCAAAUAUGAGCAACUUUUCCACUUUUUAUACAAAAGCAAUUUAAUUCUGAUGUAAAAAUUCAGUUUUCUUACCAUUUCCACAUUUUGUUUCCUUUGAGGUUUCACAGUUGUGUGGGUAUGAUCUAGCAGGGUAUGGUCUGUAGGUGUAUGACCGUUUGCUUCCUGUUACUUCAGCUAAUUCAUUUUUUAAACUUAUGUUUUCUUCCAUUAAAUACUUAAUAAGCUCCCCCUUUGCUUCUUUUAAUUCAUUACAAAAAUAUUUUAUUACUUCGAUUUCCAUUUUUUCCUCUAUCACUGAAACAGCACAGCAUAAAAUUAGACCCUUUUUAAUACAUGUUUUCAUCAACUUUAAAAUGUGUCUUAUAUAGGAAAAAAGAAAUGUCGGUGGGUCAUGAAGGAC